GCGUCGAGUACGUGAAGCGAGCGACGACAGCGAUGUGGAAGGGCGAGGCUUGAAGCACAAGAAGCUGCCAGACGGUCGGAAAAUGCGUUGAAGUUGCAGAGCGUGUCGAGAAUUAACGUUGGUAUUUUCAAGCAGAACUCGACAUUCCUGGGGAGAUUUGGAGCUGGAGAAAUCUUCUGGAGAGGCUGCAUUUCCUUCUGGACAAUGAGCUCGAGCGAGACGCGCUUGCGUGGCUCGAGGAUGGGGCACAGUUCAUCGUGGAACAUGCAGGAGAAGCUAAGCUCGCUCAACUUCUUGGGCUACGAGUCUGCUCGGUUCAUCAGACGCUGGAGGCGUUGAACUUUGAGUGCUUGGACGAGAGUCACUGGGACUUCAGCAUCUAUCGUCAUGACUGCUUCGUUCGCGGAGACCCAAACAAGAUCGAGCAGAUAGCUGGAUACGACAAUGUUGCGAAGGACUUUGAGAUGCCCAACAUCGCCUACAGCUCGGAACUGAAGCCACUGGAGGUUCGACUGAGUCUUUCAGAUUCUCAAUCUCAGUCGUGGGAGGUCACCAUCGCGCCUAGUGUCCUGCCUCACCCAACCUUGGACGUUGGUGAAGAUUUCCACUUGCAAAACAGUGUAGCAUUUGAGAGCUGCACCGGGGAGAUCUCGUGGGGAGAAACUUUUGAAAACUCGGAUGAGAUGAGCGACCAUGGCAUGAACUCGCCGUUGUGGUGGUCUCAGCGUAGCGACUUCUCCAGCAUCUGCACGGACGACCUGUCCGACAUGGACAUGCUCUCUCCAAUCAGCGCAUUCUACGGAUAACUCUACCAAUUGGUUCCACUUGGAGGAAAACAAGGCCCAAAAUAACACGCUGGACUGCAGCUUUAUUUGGAAGCCGUAAAUAUCUUUUUAUUUUUCGAUCACUCUUGCU